CUGCCAGUCCAUCCAUAAUCCAGUCCUGGCUUUGCGCUGCACCCACAGCCCGACGCAGCCCGGCCUCUGGCGAGAGCCAAUCAAAGGGCGCCUCUCAGCACGUGGAGGAGAGAGACUCCAGAGCUCCGCGCCCGCUGCUCACUACACUUGUUACCGCUUGUCCUGAGCGCGGAGAGGGCGAGCUCCGGCCGCGGACAGGACGGGAGCCGGCAGCCGGCAACCGAGGGAGGCAGAGGCACAAAGAUCGCAAUAUUAUCCAUUAUAACCAGCCAUCCAACCUACCCCCAACACACACCCAUCCAUCCCACCUGCCUGGAGAGGCAGCCAGCAGUCUGCUCUCUGCGCCCAGGGUGGGGGAAAAAAAAAGCCCCAGCCAUGAGCAAUCAGUACCAGGAGGAGGGCUGCUCUGAGAGGCCCGAGUGCAAAAGUAAAUCUCCAACUUUGCUCUCCUCCUACUGCAUCGACAGCAUCCUGGGCCGGAGGAGCCCAUGCAAAAUGCGGCUGCUGGGAGCCGCACAGAGCUUGCCCGCCCCGCUGGCCAGCCGCGCCGACCAGGAAAAGGCCGUGCAAGGUAAGCUUGUGCCGAUCAGGCACCUGCAAAGAGCUCCUGACACUGAUUUGGAUGUUUGCUGUUCGGGGGUCAGGGGUCUGGGCUUGUCAAGUCGGAGACGACGAUGGAAGGAGAGGCUACAACUCGGUGGCGGCACGGGUGCCGAGGACGACGAGGAGGAGUUGCUGGAGGAUGAGGAGGACGAGGACGAGGAAGAGGAGCUGCUGGAGGACGACGAGGAAGAGUUGCUGGAAGACGAUGCCCGCGCGCUGCUCAAGGAGCCCCGGCGCUGCGCUGUGGCCGCCACAGGUUCAGUGGCCGCAGCCGCCGCGGCCGCCGCCGUGGCCACCGAGGGCGGGGAGCUGUCUCCCAAGGAAGAGCUGCUGCUGCACCCGGAGGACACCGAAGGCAAGGACGGUGAGGACAGCGUGUGCCUGUCUGCGGGCAGCGACUCGGAGGAGGGGCUGCUGAAGCGCAAACAGAGGCGCUACCGCACCACGUUCACCAGCUACCAGCUGGAGGAACUGGAGCGGGCCUUCCAGAAGACGCACUACCCGGACGUCUUCACCAGGGAGGAACUGGCCAUGAGGCUGGACUUGACUGAGGCCCGAGUCCAGGUCUGGUUCCAGAACCGUCGGGCCAAGUGGCGCAAGCGCGAGAAGGCGGGCGCGCAGACCCACCCGCCGGGGCUGCCUUUCCCCGGACCGCUCUCGGCCACGCACCCGCUCAGCCCCUACCUGGACGCCAGUCCCUUCCCCCCGCACCACCCCGCGCUCGACUCAGCCUGGACGGCCGCCGCCGCCGCUGCCGCCGCCGCCUUCCCGAGCCUACCUCCGCCGCCGGGCUCGGCCAGCCUGCCGCCCAGCGGGGCGCCGCUGGGCCUGAGCACUUUCCUCGGAGCCGCCGUGUUCCGGCACCCGGCCUUCAUCAGCCCGGCGUUUGGCAGGCUUUUUUCCACCAUGGCCCCGUUGACCAGCGCGUCGACCGCGGCCGCUCUCCUGAGACAGCCCGCACCGGCGGUGGAGGGCGCGGUGGCGUCGGGCGCGCUGGCCGACCCGGCCACGGCCGCCGCAGACAGACGCGCGUCUAGCAUAGCCGCGCUGAGGCUCAAGGCCAAGGAGCACGCCGCGCAGCUCACGCAGCUCAACAUCCUGCCGGGCACCAGCACGGGCAAGGAGGUGUGCUAAGGGCUCUCCUCCACCCUCACGCCCCGAAAGGUCACCUCACUCAGCACCACUCAAGACCAAAUGGAAACAGAGGACCAGCACACUCCCGAGACGGCACUGAGAGAGCGCAGCCGCCUUCGCAGCCGCCUGGACGCGAGCAAGGCAGCCCUCGGCGCUACCGGACGUGGCACCUCCUCGGCUGGCUGUCCACCCGCCCCUGCCCCUGCCCCUGCCCACCUCUCUCCAACCCUCUCCGGUUCUUUACUGGAAAUAUCGGGGGAGGUUUGCGCCCCAAGAUGUCUGGUAUUAAAGUUAAACAUUUUAAAAGCCCAACCUUUUCCUCCUGACAUCCCACUUAGCAUUUCUUUCUUUCUUUCUCUUCCCUCCCCUCCAAAGUAGCAUUUUGGCGCUCUAAGUUGAUCUCCCCAGCGUGGGCCCCCGGCGUGAAGCCAGGGCCAGGGCAGCGAAUGCGAGUCUGGAAGAUAGCUAACAGUGCACUUAAAGCAAAGGGGCGUCGUCGUCGUCUUCUCUUCUUUAUCAUACACCAACCAAGGUUUUUAUAUCAAACCAAAGGGAAAUACUCUGCUAGAAUAUGGACUGUUGAAGUCACCAAACUGUGAUUAUUGAUUCUGUACAUACCAUUGUUAUUAAAAAAAAAACAGAGCUUUGUAUAUUUGAAAUGUUAUAACGCAAUUGCACUCAGCGUGGUAUGGUAAAAGUUUGUCCUCCUGUAGAUUCUUACUGUGUUGUAGAUACGGUAGGGUUCCUAGACAAAUAUUUAUGUACUCAAGCCCUUUAUUUAACUUAUUAACUGUAGAGGCUUCGGAAACCUUCAAGAUAAAGGCAAUGGUACAGUACUUUUGUGUAAUGUGUAACUGUUACCACUUUUCCUUGCUAUCUAGUGGAGAAGUGUCACGCUCAAAAUAAAAAAAAUUAUAUGUUUA